AUGCCUCUCCUUUCAAUCCUGUCGCGCUCGCGAGCGCGCAUUCUCAAAGCUCCGCGAAUGCCUUUCAGGCUUCUGUCCACCUUACCGAACACGCAUAUCUUUCGCGCAUUGCAGAGCCAUGACCCGGAUAGCUUGGCUGUGGUACACAGUGCUUCCGAACGGUCUUUUACAUACGGAAGUCUCAUUGGCGAUGUUGUCCGGGCGAGGGAUGAUCUUGCGCGCAAGGCUGCGAAGGGACAGGGGACCUUAGCCGGCGAGCGGGUUGCGUUCCUUGCGGAAAAUAGCUAUGACUACGUAGUCACAAUGCUAGCAAUCUUCGCUAGCGAUGCUAUUGCAUUGCCGCUUUCCCCGGCUUUCCCAACAGGAGAACUGAAGUACAUUCUGGAUAACUCGCAGGCAAAGAUGUUGCUUGCGACAGAGAAGUACUCUGAUAAAGCCAUGGAGAUUCUCAGACAGGGGCUAGAGCAUGAUCCCAUUUUCAAUGUCCGCAGCAAACUCGAGGGCACAAGCGGCGAGCCUGUUACUCUGAAGGACCUGGAGAAGCCAUCAGCCAUUCUCAUUCCUCAAUCUGCGCUAGCAGCACAAGCAUCCUCGCUAGUAGAAGCGUGGAAGUAUAGUCCAUCGGACCGGCUACUCCACCUCCUACCACUGCAUCAUAUCCAUGGCGUUGUGAACGCCAUAGUGGCGCCAAUGGUAGCCGGCUCUUCUGUCGAAUUCAUGUACCCCUUCAACCCCGAACAAGUCUGGAAACGACUUGCGGCGCCCUUCCAAUCAACCUCAAAGCCACCAGUUACAUUCCUCACAGCUGUCCCAACAAUCUACAACAGACUGAUGACAACGUUCAGCAAUCUUCCUCCUGAUCUUCAAAAAGCCGCUAAAGAAGGCAUCUCUCCUCAAAACCUUCGUCUCAACAUAUCCGGCUCAGCCGCACUACCCACGCCAACGAAGACAAAAUGGACUGAUCUCAGCAACGGGAAUGUCCUUCUUGAACGGUUCGGUAUGACCGAGGUCGGAAUGGCGAUCAGUUGUGGACUUGACAAUGCGGAUCGUGUCGACGGCAGUGUCGGGUGGCCAUUGCCAGGCGUUGAAGCACGACUAGUUGAUCUCGAGACCGGAAAUGUAAUCCCGGAAUCAGAACUAAACCGCGAAGGCGAGAUCCAGCUACGCGGCGAUACCAUCUUUGCCAAGUACUGGGGCAACGAGAAAGCGACCAACGAGGGAUUUGUAGACGGCUGGUUUUGCACUGGCGAUGUUGCGGCAAGGAAGAUCGUCGAUGGGGCAGGUAGUGGGAAGAGUGGGGAGUGGGCAAAGGGGCCCAUGUAUUUCAUUCAAGGACGGAAAAGCGUCGAUAUCAUCAAGACGGGCGCCGAGAAGAUCAGUGCGUUGGAGAUUGAGAGGGAGUUGCUUUCACUCCCUCAAAUCACUGAAGCGGCCGUCGUUGGUCUUCCCUCUGAGCAGUGGGGACAGAAAGUCGCCGCGCUGGUUGUUCUGAGUGACGAUGCUGCUGCUUCAGGGAAGAAUGGGCGAUCAUGGGGACCGAUGGAUAUGAGACGUGCGCUCAAGGACCGUCUUGCUUCGUAUAAAAUCCCACAGGAGAUGAAGAUCCUAGACGCCAUUCCGCGGAAUGCGAUGGGGAAGGGUAAGUAUUGGAUUCUGUUGCUGUCGAGUCUGCUGCUAAUUUCAUAUCCCAGUCAACAAGAAGGCACUCAUCAAGGAGGUCUUUGA